AUGUCAUCGGGUUUCGUUUCAGCCGGAACUAAUGAGCAGCCGAUUGAGCGCGAUGAUGAAUGGCUCAAAGUGCAAAAGGAAUUAGAGGAGGAGCGGAGGCGGAAAGCUGAGAUAGGAAAGCAGGAUGAGGGAAAAAGUCUCUUUGAGGUGCUGGAGCGGAAUAAAAUGGCCAAACAAGAAGCCUUUGAAGAGAAAUCGCGCCUCAAAAACCAAUUCCGUUCCCUCGACGACGAUGAAGUCGACUUCCUGGAUUCAGUGCUGGAAUCUACACGCGCCAAGGAGGCUGCCAUAAAGAAAGAAACCGCUGAUCAGCUCGAGGCCUUCCGACGACAGCGCGAGCAGGCGGACAAAGGAUUGUUGGGAACCUCGACGGAGAAGGUAGAUCCGGGAAAGGCUGAGGAUGAUUGGUCCGCGCCUGUGCGCAAACGACGACGUGAUAAGAAGAAGGAGUCAUUGAUUUCGAAGAGGCGCAAAUCUUCCGUCGCGACCAAUCCCGGUGGGGAGGAUACACAGAAGGGUCCGGACUCGCAAACACAGGCAGAAGACAGCCCCGGCACAAAGCCGCUUGAUCAGAAGACGUCCAAACCAAACCAAGCCACAACUGUUCCUCCCAAGCCCACUGAUGCUAGACAGUUAGAGUCGGCAACACAGGCCCAACCGAACCCAGCGGCCAAACCCGCGCCAAAGCCUCUUGUUUCGCUUGGUCUGGGAGACUACGCCUCUGACUCGGAAUGA